AGCUCUUGCUCCGCCGCACCGCUCCGCCCGUGCCCAGGAUGUGGCUGAACAUGUUAAACCCUGACAAGUGCGGUGAGUGAAUGGCAGUGGCACUGAGCCGGAGACCCUCUGCCUGAGACUAUUGAGACACGUACGGGGGUCAUGGAUGCUGGACAGUGAACUGCAGAACCUGAGCGGUGAAGAUGCAGCACACCUCGUGCACGGAGGACAGGAUCCAGCAUGCUCUGGACAUGUGUCUGGAGGGGCUGAGACGAAGCCCCACAGCAGCACAGCACUGGAACGUGCUGAUGUGCUCGGCGGGUCAGUCAGUGAACCGCUGGAGCCUGGAGGAGCUGGUAAGGAGGGACCCCGAGAACUUCCUCAUCCUCUUGAAGCAGAUCCUCAAGAAGACCAAAGAGGUUCAGGAGCAAUGUCAGUACGAGCUGGUGGCUCCCCUCGCCAUCAUGUUCUCCUCCACGUUGCUUCAGACGCCGUACUGUCCUUCAGAUACGGAGCUGCUGCAGCAGGCCAUUGAGGUGUUUCGCUGCUUCCUCACAUGGCCCGAGCCGUACUGCAGCGUGUGCAGAAACCUCCUCACCACACUGCAGCUGGAGAUCAAGGCCCCAGGGAUUUCCUUUCAGAGACUUGUGAGAGAAGAACAGUUCCUUAACACCCCCGGCCAAAGCUCCAAGACCAUGACCGUGCUCCUGAUGAACCCGUGCGAGGUGCCCGCUGACUUCCUCUCGGUGGCCGAGCAGCUCAGUGGCAUUCAGCACUCGCAGAGCGAGACCUACAUCAAACUGAUCAAACACGCCUUCCAGGCCACACUCGGCACCAAAUACCCCCUACAUCGCAUCCACGGAGCCCUGCAGGCAAAACCCCUGACUGAAUUGGGGUCCAUCUUCUCCACGGUAAGUUGUGUCCUCGAGGCGGCGGCUGCCAUGAAGGACCCUUUGAAGGGCCGUAGUCACGUGAUCCAAGGACUUGAGCAGCUGAGGGAGAGCAUGAGAAUACCUGCAUCCAACGGAAGGAAGUCUGAUGGAAUGCUACAAACUCUACGCUUACCGACAGCCAAGUGUUACAUGUUUCACUGGGAAACAGAUAACUUUGAUGUUCUGAACACCCUUUUGGAACAGGAGCCUGAUGACCAAGAGCAGGCUCAGGAGGAUGAGGAGGAAGACAUUGAUGGUGACGAAGAGGAGGAGGAAGAGGAGGAGGAUGAAACAGAGAAUGAUGUCGGAGACGAGGAGGACGAAAACAAAGACGAGGAGGAACAUGGAGUGGAAUUCCCUUCAAUGUCUACCAUCCCUAAUGGCUACAUCGCAAACCACCGGGCCUCCACCUUCUCCACCAUUUCCUCCCUGUCCACCGCCUCCAAAGACUCCAUGUUCUCCACCUUGUCCGUAGCCUCGGAGUCCUACGCGCCGUCCCUCUUCUCUGUCACGUCGGGCGGUGACAGUGACUACUUUGAGGACUUUGACGACUACAUCUGCUCCUCCUCCGUCGCUGAGAAAUGCUCGCCAAAGUCCAUCAACAAGGCUUCGGCCCGGAUCAGCAAGCACCUGUACCGACUCUUCAUUAAACCCAAGAGACCUCGAUCGCUGUCCCGGGCCAAAAGCCUCGGAGACACGGAGCUGAAAGACCGUUUAGUGGGGCGGGAGAAGCGCUCCCACUCUCUUCCUCAGCAAGUCAAGUUGGGCUGUCCCGAGCCCUUCCUCCAGCCACAAAGUCAAACUCUCAGACACGUGUGCUUCCGAAGGAGGCCGAUUCUCAGCAGCGAUGAUAAGAUGAGACGUGAGGGUGAGGGUGGAUGGUGUGGCAGGAAGUGGCGAGCCUGGCACAGCCUGAGGAGGAAGGAGAGUGCGUGUCCGCGUCUCAGCAGAGCCUUCAAGCUCCAGUUCUACUUUGUGCCCGUGAAGAGGGACUCGACGAAGACUCCUUGCCCCGUGGUUCAAACUGGAAGUCCAAAAGGAGCGUCCCCGUCUAAAGAUCUUGACCUCACGGGCACAGGCGACAGCACCAACGACAUUGCCCAUCUCCUCGGUAUGUUGGACCCUUGGUACGAAAGAAACACCCUUAGCCUGCUUAACUUGCCUGCCAACGUCGUCUGCCAGCAAACCUCAAAGUUCGAGUCGGAGUCAUGUGAUAGUUCUGAUGAGCGUCUGCCCAUCCUGGCGGACUUGGUGCUGUACUACUGCCGCUAUGCCGCCCGGCCAGCUCUGAUCCAGCUCUACCAGGCUGAGGUCAGACACACGCUUACACACGAACAUCACACACAGCCAUCUAAUGUGUGUGUGUGUGUAGGUGCUGCCAGUAGACGGUUUGGUAUCGACGGUGACCGAGAAGCAGUGCCUCUGACGUUGGAGGUGGUGUACAACAGGGUGGUGAUCAGCGGGAGAAGCCAGUGGAAGAGAGAGACCAAAGUCUGUACGUCAGUGAACUUGACCAAAGCGUGCAAGAAUCCUGAGGAGCUCGACUCAAAGAUGGAGUGCCUGCAGCUCACGAUGACUGAAGUCCUGAAGAGACAGAACUGCAAAAGCAAGAAGGGUUACAACCAGCUCAGCGUGACAGAGGUGAAGGUGGACAGGGUGCAGGUCAGCGGUGCUGGAAACACAACCUUUGCUGUAUGUUUGGACCAGGAUGAGAAAAAAAUACUGCAGAGUGUCACCAGAUGUGACAUAUCAGUCUGCUAUAAGCCUGACAGCUACGCCGACUGGAGGCUCAGAAAAGCCCCGACCUCGGCCCAAAUCCAGCCUCUCAACCCCGUCUUCUGCUCCCUCCUCUGCCUGCCCAUAGUCACUUUCAGUGGGGCUCUUCCAUGAAACUGCUGACCACUGGUUUGAACUGGGUGGUUCAAAGUAUUCUGCGCAUUUAUUCAUGCUCUCGAUAACAGACACUGACUGAUGCUGUGGUCAGGCUCACAUGAUGGUGUGGUGGAACACGGUGGAAAGAAAGAGGGGGCAAUCAGGAAUACAGCAGACAAGACCUGUGAUCGUCAACAGAAAUACAUGCCGAAGAACCAGAGAAAGGAAGAACGACUACAUACAACAGUUCUAAUGAAGCACAGUCCAGCUUCCUCUGUACGAAGCAAUCGUUCACUGUUGUUAAGGAAACUGUUGAAAUUACAUUCGAGGAGUUUCGGUUCCUUUUUUCCUGCUGAAGGAGAAGUGACCAUACAAACCCACAGGAAGAUUAGAAUGCCAUUUGGUCAAACAGGGUGCAUCUACAUGGCCAGCAAUAAGGAGAAGAUGGUAUGUUAAAAUGUGGACCUCGUCUUUGAGUUGAAGUUUGAGAACAUGUCUCUGGAUCAACGGACAUGACCGCGGAGGACCAGGGGGCAACUCUUACAUCUGCUGACCAGACCCAACUAAUGCCUCCAUUAGAGGCAUUACGGGACUAUGUGACUAUAUUGGGG